GUAGACGGCCAUAACUCGGGAAACUGGAAAUCGAGUUAUGUUCAGCGGUUUGAAUCAAUAGGACCCUAACGUCUCACAACGCUAUUCAGUCACUCGCUCUCUCUGUACACUCUCUUUCCCUCGCUCUCUGCCAUCACUCUCUCUCCACACUUUGUCUCUCUCGCUUUGCGAUCAGGCUUCCCCACUCUUCCUCGAGUCUCCAUCAGUCGUCGUUGGUUCCCGCCGCCGCUGAUUACAGAUAUGCAGGCACUAGAUAGAGUGCGGCCUGGACCCGAUGUGGAUACCCAGUUGGCCCAGCAGCCGAAUCAUCGGUCAAGUCCACUUUGGAGGUGCGCCGCUGACGAGGAGGCGCCUGGCAUGAUAAAGGUUCGACGCCGUAAAUGUGUAUUGCCACAGGGUGGGUUAGAUCCACGUAUCAUGCAACACAUAGAUGCAGCAGGGUUGACUGGUUUAUUCAAGGUUCCUGAUAUGGAGGUCGACCACGCCUUGAUCACGGCGUUGGUUGAGUGGUGGCGUCCGGAGACGCACACAUUCCACUUACCCCAUGGAGAAAUGGGUAUCACCUUGCAAGAUAUGGAGGUGAUGCUGGGGCUUCCGGUGGAUGGGUUGCCUGUCACUGGGAAGACAGACUACAAAUGGAGUGAGCUGUGCGAACAGUUGUUGGGCCAUAAACCUCCACCCCCGAUACCAAACUCAAACAAGUCUACCCUUGCUAGGGCGAGGAUAAGAUACACCUGGCUUGAUGCACAGUUUGCCGCUCCCUUAGUUGUGGACGCUGCUGACGAAGUCGUGCAGCAAUAUGCCCGCUACCACCUACUUGUACGGAUGGGGGCCCUCUUGUUCAUGGACAGGUCUGCGGACCGGGUCUCACUGCUGCCUCUGCAGUUGCUCAACCCAGUCAGCAAUGCGAGACGGUAUAGCUGGGGUAGUGCAGCAUUGGCCUGGCUGUAUAGGCAACUUUGUGGUGCAUCGAAGAAGGAUGCGAUGCAGAUUGGAGGAGCACUCUUGUUGGUGCAGCUAUAG